AUGCAGAAUUCGGGCAACUUUUGGGAUAAAGUCAAAAGCUCUACUAAAACACUAGCAUAUAUAUCUUCAAAGGAAGAAAAGGAUGGCGAUGCCACAAAUUCGACAGUGGUUCAUAAUGCAUUAGUUAAGUUUUAUGAAGAGCAAGUUCCAUUCCAAGGAUUUCCUGGCUGGUUAGGCCCAAAAGAAGAUUUGCCAGAUGAACAGAAGAUUCUUCGUAAACAAGAACGAGAUCAAGAAAAGAUGCGUGAGAAAGAGGAGAAGAAAGCAAUGAAUGGUAAUAGACCAUUUGCUAGUGGCUUUGACCAGUUACGAAAGAUAAGAAGUCCUCAAGAGCAAACAGUUGAUAAUAGCAAUAAUAACAAUAAUAGCAAUAAUAAUAGCAAUAAUAAUGCUAAUAAUAAUAACAAUAAUAAUAGUAAUAUUCAUAGCAAUAGAGACCCAUAUGCAGUAGCAAGAAAUAGUGGGCCAGAUCCUUCUAAUCAAGAGCUAAUGAAUAAUUCUAAUUCAGAAGAUACCCAGGUAGACCAAUCCAAUGAGAAUCAAAAACAACGUCCCCAAUUUUCUCAUGCAUUUUCUCUACUACAACAACGUAAAGUGCAGCCUGAUAGAAAAACAACAGCAGGUAUGUCUUUCCAUUCAAUAUAUUCAGCAAAUACUUCCACCAAUAAUUCAGCAAACGGAUCAGCAUCAGGAAUGGGUAGUAGCGGCUCUGCCCGUGAAGUUUCUCAACAACAAUCACAGCAAAUUCCACCACUACCACAACAGCAACCUCCACAGCAUUCACAAUCUAAGCCAGAAGCCUUGCGCACUCAAUCUGCUUCUUCAUUAAUGAUGCGAGAUAGAUUGAAAAGAUCGCAUACCAAAAAUACAUUUGAAUUUUCUUGA